AUGGCUACAGCUUAUGCUUAUCAACCUUUUGAUGCUACUCAUCAACAACAUGGGUAUAUGAAUGGUUAUCAACAACCAACAUAUUAUCAAAACCAAUAUGUUGCUCAAAAUGUCCCCCAACAACCUGUUUAUCAACAAGCUCCAAUGAUGAAUGUUAAUCAACCAAUUUAUGGUGCUCCUGCUCCACCUCCAAUGGUUUCAGCUCCUGCUCCAAAUCCUUAUGUUCCAAAUAAUAACUAUGGUUAUAAUAAUGGUGCUUAUUAUCAACAACAACCUCAACCAGUUGUUCAACAACAACAACAACAACCUCAACAACAACAAGAAGCUGUUACCGGUGGUGUUUCAUCAGUUUUAGAUUAUGAUUUAAAUAUCAUGUCUAAAUUCACUACUUAUUUGGCUUUUAGAUUAUUUGGUAGAAGUGAUACUAAAAAUGAAAAAUUUGCCUCAUCAAUUAAAUCUGUUUUAAGUGCAACUAGAUUACCAUUAUCUUCAUUAAUUUUAGCAAAUUAUUAUCUUGUUCAAAAAUAUGAAGUUGAUAGUUAUUCAUUUCAACAAAAUUCAGAUGAAAAAAUUUAUCAAAUUGUUAUUUUAGCUUUAGUUAUGUCAAAUAAGGCAAAUGAUGAUAAUACUUUUACAAAUAAAUCUUGGUCAGAUGCUACUGGUUUGAAUGUUAAAUUAAUUAACUUUUUAGAAGUUCAAUGGUUAGAUUUAAUUGAUUGGAAAUUACAUGAUACUGAUAUGGAAAGAUAUGAUGAAUUAAUGAUUCAAUAUAAAAAAUAUGCUGAUAAUUAUAAUUCACCAAUUCAAUAUCAUUCAAGAUCAAUUAGUAGCGAACCAAUUUCUCCAAUUUUAUCAAGUUCAGGUUCACAAUUUUCUCCAAGAGAUUAUUCAUCACCUUCAAGAUUUGAUAAUUUUUCAAAUUCAAAUAAUUGGUAUACAACUUCAUCAUCAAAUUCAAGUUCAAAUUAUUAUAAUCAUUAUCAACCACGUGCUUAUUCACACAAUAGAUCAUAUUCUUAUCAAGAACCUGAAUAUUGUACAAGAACUGGUUCUUAUCAAAGAAUGAUGUAUUGUUCAUGUCAUUAUUGUUCAACUCCAACAAGACCUGUUGAUUGGUCAUAUAAUUUAGCUGCAGCUUGUUAA